AAGUAUUGGGAUACCCCUCCAAAUCAUUGGAUUCAGGUGUUCCAAUCACCUCCAUGGCCACAGGUGUAUAAAAUCUAGUCAUGCAGGCUGCUUCUACAAACAUUUGUGAAAGAAUGGUUCACUCUCAGGAGGUCAGUGAAUUCAAGCGUGGUACCGUGAUAGGUUGCCACCUGUGCAAUAAGUCCAUUCGUGAAAUUUCCUUGUUACUAAAUAUUCCACAGUCAACUGUUAGUGGUUUUAUAACAAAGUGGAAGCAACUGGGAACAACAGCAACUCAGCCAUGAAGUGGUAAACCACGUAAAAUGACGGAGCGGGGUCAGUGCAUGUUGAAGCACACAGUGCACAGACGUUGCCAACUGUCUGCAGAGUCAAUAACUAAAGACCUGCAAACUUCAUGGAUUAGCACAACAACAGUGUGUAGAGAGCUUCAUUAAAUGGGUUUCCAUGGCUGAGCAGCUGCAUCCAAG